AAUCAGAUUCAUCGGCUUCAAAACAGUUCGAGAGUUGUGCGGGAACUUUGGAGGUGCUGCUUUCAUAUCAUAACUUCAGCUGUAUAAAGGUCAGAUGCCACCCAAGGGCAAAUCAGCUGGCAAAGGGAGAGCGCCGGCAAAGAGAAAGCUGGCCGAGGAGUUCCCACCAGGAGAAGUGCUAACGGAUACAACAAAGAAAAGCUGGAAACUCGGCCGUCCGAUCGGCCAGGGAGGCUUCGGCCUGUUGUAUCUCGCAAGUGAAGCAUCAGGUACUGCUGGAGCCGACGCACCUUAUGUCAUCAAAGUGGAACCGAGUGAUAACGGGCCUUUGUUCUCCGAGCUGAAGUUUUACAUGAGAGCUGCAAAACCUGAUCUAAUUAGUACUUGGAUAAAGUCCCGGAAGAUGAAGUACUUAGGAGUUCCAAAAUACUGGGGCUCCGGACUCCAUGAGAAAGGGGGCAACAGGUACAGAUUCAUGGUGAUGGACAGAUUCGGAACAGAUCUACAGAAGAAGUUUGAGGAGGGAGGCAAACGAUUCUCACGAAAGCUGGUUCUUCAGCUGGGUCUUAGACUUCUUGACAUUCUGGAAUACGUUCACGACCAUGAAUAUGUACAUGCUGAUAUUAAAGCCUCCAACCUGCUGCUUUCACACACCAAUCCCAAUCAGGUUUACUUGGUGGAUUAUGGGCUGACCUACAGAUUCUCACCAGACGGCGUUCCAAAGGAAUACAAAGAGGAUCCAAAGAGGUGCCAUGAUGGGACCAUCGAGUUCACCAGCAUUGAUGCACAUAAAGGAGUUUCUCCCUCCAGAAGAGCAGAUCUGGAAAUCCUGGGUUACUGCAUGGUUCAGUGGCUGUGCAGCCGGCUGCCCUGGGAGGACAAACUCCAAGAUCCCGUUUACGUCCGAGACUCAAAAAUAAGGUGUCGUAACAACAUCAGGGAGUUCAUGAAGAGCUGCUUUGGCCCUGGAAGUGAACCAGAGGAAAUGGUGAAGUACAUGGAGGAAGUGAAGUCACUGGACUACACAGAUAAGCCGGACUAUCAGAAGUUACGGGGGAUUUUGCAGCAGGGCCUGAAGAGCAUCGGCGCCACCGAUGACGACAAGCUGGACUUCUCAUUGACUGGUUCUGGUGCGGGUACGUCAGCGACCAAGGCCAAGACUUCUAAGCGAAAGAAAGCAGCAGAAAAAGAGGCAUCUGAUGAUGAAAUCGACGCUUCCCCUGCCAAGAAGAGACGACCCGCCAAGAAAAAGGAAGUGAACGGCGUCAGGAAGGCGGCAGUAAAGAAGGCCAGUCCGAAGAAGCGCCUGGUAGAGUCGAGCACUCAGACGUCUCCCGCGAUCGAGGUGAAGAAAAGCCGCGGCAGAACCAAGAAAACCACAUAACUCUUCUCUUUUAUUCAGCUCCCUUCUCUUUUUAACCCUUUCCUACUGUCGGUAUCUGUUCCUCUCUGUGUAUUUUUUUUCUUAAACUUGUUUUUGCAGUGUGUUGGGCACAUUCUGAGUAAAAUAAUAAAUAACAGAGACAAAAAAAACGUC